CGCUGGCUGUAAACACGGGGCGGGGGUGUGCGUUCCCGGAGCCCGGACCACGGGGCGGGGCCGGGAGGGCGGGCUGCGUUUUAUUGAAUAGAGAGCCCUGCGCGCUGCCUGCUGCCUGCUGCCUGCCUGUGCUCGGCGGAAAGCAGUCCUUCUUCCUCUCCCACCCGGUCCCCGGGAAGAAGGUCCAGCCUAGGAGGUAUCAUUAAAACAUUCCAAGUUCACCCAAUUGAAGUCCACGAGAAUUGGUGAUCAAUAAGAAGGCUCAGACGUGGAUAUCUGAUUGCUUAACCAUCCAGACACCAUCUGGUCUCCCGAACCCUGAACCCACGCCAUGGAUGACUUUGAACGUCGCAGGGAACUGAGGAGGCAAAAGCGGGAAGAGAUGCGCCUGGAAGCAGAAAGGGACAGACCAAAAAGUGUUAACACAAAGGGAAAACACGGGAGCAUCCUGCACACGGCACUUCAGCCCCAGAUAACAUGGCACCUCAUGGGGCCCGGCCCCCACCCUGACCGCCAGAGGGUCUCCGCACCUCCAGCACCUCCGCCCCUUCCAGCUGCAGACAUGCUCAGGGGAUCCGGUUCGAAGGGAAGACGCAGCCUGGCCACGCUCUCCCAAAUCGCCUACCAGAGGAAUGACGACGAUGAGGAAGAGGCCGCCCGGGAACGGCGCCGGCGAGCCCGACAGGAAAGGCUGCGGCAGAAGCAAGAGGAAGAAUCCUUGGGGCAGGUGACCGACCAGGUGGAGGGUCACACCCAGAACAGUGUGCCGGACGAGGAGGUCAAGGCCGCCACCGCGAACACGCAGGUGGUGGAGAGCGAAGAGGAGGCCGCGCUGCUGGAGCGCCUGGCCCGGCGGGAGGAGCGGCGCCAGAAGCGCCUGCAGGAGGCGCUGGAGCGGCAGAGGGAGCUGGACCCCACCAUCACCGCCGAUGGGAGAGCAGGGAACGAUGCCACCGAGGAGGAGAAGGAAGGAAAGAGUGAAAGUCGCCGAGAAAGAUAUGAGGUGGAGGAAACAGAGGUCGUCACCAAGUCCUCCUACCAGAAGAACGACUGGAGGGAUGCCACCGAGGAGAAAAAGAAGGAAGAAGACCAAGGAAAGGAGGAAGAGGAGAAGCCGAAGCGAGGGAGCAUCAGAGAGAAUCAGGUAGAGGUGCCGGUGGAGGAGGAGAAUGCGGUGGAAACUCGAGAAGAAAUGCCUUUGAAAAACGGGCAGGUCCAUGCGGAUGAGCCUGACAUAGAGGAUGGGAGGGAGCACGGUGCCGAGGAGACGGCCCUGAACGAAAAGGCGGAGGAGGAGGAGGAGGAAAGGGAGAGGGCCCAGGCAGAGAGGCUCAGGCUGGAAGCAGAAGAAAGAGAGAGGGUUGAAGCUGAGCAAGCCCGAAAGCUAGCAGAGGAGGAGAAAGCAAGAAGGGAGGAGGAGGAAAAGGCAGCUGCACGGGAGAGAGCGCGGAGGGAGGCAGAGGAGAGGGAGAGGGCGGAGGAGGAGGCGAGAAGGGCAGCGGAGGAGGAGGAGGCGAGGCAGAGAGCAAAGGCAGAGGAAGCCCAGAAGGCUAAGCUGGAAGAGCAAAACCGUGCAGAGCAGCUAGGAGAGAGAAAGAUCCAAGGGGGACAGGUAGAGGAGAACCUAGACGGGAAAUGGGUCAGGGAAAAGAAAGGCCAAGAAGAGAAACCUCAGACAGCUGCCCAAAAGAAACAGGAAGAAGAAAAGGGGACUAAAGGGCAACUUAAGAGAGAAAAGUCCCAAGAAGACAAGCCUGCCUUCAAAAAGGAAGAGAUCAAAGACGAGAAGAUUAAAAAAGACAAAGAGCCCAGAGAAGACGUGAAGAGCUUCUUGGAUGGAAAGAAGGGAUUUACAGAAGUGAAGUCGCAGAAUGGAGAAUUCAUGACCCACAAGCUUAAGCACACCGAGAAUACCUUCAGCCGCUCUGGAGGGAGGGCCAGUGAGGCCAAGGAGGCGGAAGGGGCUCCCCAAGUGGAAGCUGGCAAGCGCCUGGAGGAGCUGCGCCGCCGUCGUGGGGAGACUGAGAGCGAAGAGUUCGAGAAGCUCAAACAGAAGCAACAAGAGGCAGCCCAGGAGCUGGAGGAGCUGAAGAAGAAGAGGGAGGAGCGAAGGAAGGUCCUGGAGGAGGAAGAGCAGAGGAAGAAGCAGGAGGAAGCAGAGCGGAAAGUCAGAGAGGAGGAAGAGAAGAGAAGGCUAAAGGAGGAGAUUGAAAGGCGAAGGGCAGAAGCUGCUGAGAAACGGCAGAAGAUGCCAGAAGAUGGCUUAGCAGAAGACAAGAAACCAUUCAAAUGUUUCACUCCCAAAGGUUCAUCUCUCAAGAUAGAAGAGCGAGCAGAAUUUUUGAAUAAGUCUGUGCAGAAAAGUGGUGUCAAGUCAACUCAUCAAACGGCUGUCGUCUCCAAGAUUGACAGCAGACUGGAGCAGUACACCAGUGCCAUUGAGGGGACAAAAGCUGCAAAAUCUACGAAGCCAGCAGCCUCAGAUCUGCCUGUUCCCGCGGAGGGUGUUCGCAAUAUCAAGAGCAUGUGGGAGAAAGGGAACGUGUUUUCCUCCCCCACCGCAUCGGGCACGCCAAACAAGGAGACUGCUGGCCUGAAGGUGGGGGUUUCCAGCCGCAUCAAUGAAUGGCUAACCAAAACCCCAGACGGAAACAGGUCACCUGCUCCCAAACCUUCGGAUUUGAGGCCAGGAGAUGUAUCUGGCAAGCGGAACCUCUGGGAAAAGCAAUCCGUGGAUAAGGUCACAAGCCCUGCCAAGGUUUGAGACGGUUCAAGAAAGAAGCCAGAGUAGCCACUCACGAUGCUGGACCAGCACAGCUGAAGAGGGCUAAUGUGCUCUGUUUUAUAUUUAUGUUGAUUUACUAAAUUGGGUUAAUCUCCUUUUGUUUUAUUUUUCAUUAUCCCCAUGUAUAUUAUCACUAUAUUUAAUAAUCACAGUCUAGAGAAGUUCAUGGUAAAAGUACUGCCUUUGCACAGGAGCCUGUUUCUAAAGAAGCCCAUGCUGUGAAAUAGAGACUUUCUACUGAUCAUCAUAGCUCUGCCUGGACGGUGACACCAGCCACGUCGUCGGAAGUCGAGCAGAAGGAGGUUCAAGCUGGAAAUUUGCCUGAGGAAUGUGUGCAGUGUCCAGAAAAACAAACCAAAGUGGGGUUUGGGUUUUUUUGUUGCUUUUUUUUUUGUUUUAAAUACAAAAGUCAUGUUGUUUCUGCACUUUAGAAUAAAGCAUGGAAGAAAUGAUCUUAGUAGGCAAUUGUAACACUUUCUGAAAGUAACGCGUUUCAGAUUUGAGAUUCUGCCAUGAUGAUUGUCUUUUUUUAAAAACGUACUGUUAAGGUAUUACUUUUUUCAUGCCGAUGAUUAUCUACAUUGGAUGAUGAUGUUAGAAGACAGUGGUACUGAUUUCUUUAGGUGGGUUGCUUUGUGGAUUUCUCCGGUAGUGAUAGUAAACCACAUUUUAGAUGACCUGAUCAUGUAUGUAUGUGCAUACACGUAUACAAACACACUAAUGGUAGAAAGCUUCUUUUAUGUGCUAGACUAUUAUAUUUAGCAAUAUGUCCUUGUAACUAGCCAAUAUCACAGCUUUUCAAAAAUUAAAAAAUCACAUUAUAUUAAUACUCGUAUUUGCCAAUAGAGACAUGGCAGAAUAGGUAUCAAUAUAUCUUCAAUGUCCAAUAAAUAAACUGUAAGAAAAAAAAAAGAUUCAAAAUGUC